GCUUGCUGUACGACGUGCCACUGCUAAUCAUGGCUCUUCAGCUCCGGCGUUAUCUCAGGGGCAGCCCAGCUGUCACCCUCUGUCUCCUCUUGCUGUCAGCCGCCGCUGUCACGUGUGAGGAAGAGCAGUCUCAAGCCCGGCCUGGCCGCACUGCCCCGGAUGGAGAAUGUCACUUCUACGCAGGGGGGCAGGUGUACCCCGGGGAGGCGAGUCGUGUGCCAGUGUCCGAUCAUUCUCUGCAUCUCAGCAAAGCUAAAAUUUCCAAGCCGGCUCCAUACUGGGAAGGAACAGCAGUAAUAAAUGGAGAGUUCAAAGAGUUGAAACUUACAGAUUAUAAAGGGAAAUACCUGGUGUUCUUCUUUUAUCCUCUUGAUUUUACAUUUGUCUGCCCAACUGAAAUCAUCGCGUUUGGAGACAGAAUUGAAGAAUUUAGAUCCAUAAACACCGAAGUUGUCGCCUGCUCUGUGGAUUCUCAGUUCACACACUUGGCAUGGAUAAAUACACCACGCAAACAAGGAGGGCUUGGGCCCAUGAAAAUUCCUCUGCUCUCUGAUUUGACACAUCAGAUUUCAAAGGAUUAUGGAGUAUAUUUAGAAGACCAAGGCCACACACUAAGAGGACUUUUCAUUAUUGAUGACAAAGGAGUCCUUCGUCAGAUUACAAUGAAUGAUCUUCCUGUUGGGAGGUCUGUAGAUGAAACACUACGUCUAGUUCAGGCAUUCCAGUAUACAGACAAACACGGAGAAGUUUGUCCUGCUGGUUGGAAACCUGGGAGUGAAACUAUCAUUCCUGACCCAGCCGGAAAACUGAAAUAUUUUGAUAAACAACACUGACAUUUCUGUUUUUUUUUAAUAUGAAUCGAUCGGUAUUUGUUUACACUGCUUGCAAAUAAAAUUCUAUGAAUUUUGUUAAUACUA